CUCAAAUAGGCUCGGGAUCGAAAUUCGUAUUUCAAGAAAAUUGACAAACAACGUGAUUCGCAAUAUAGCAAUAUUUCAAAAGUAAAAUCUGAUAAUGGCAAAAGUUGUAGCCUCCAGAUUUGCUCUCUUAAAAGUGGAAGGAGAAGAUGACAAUAAGAAAGACCAGGCUGCACAGAAAUCGAACAAUGCGCAGACCAAUAAGAAAAAGAACAAAAAGAAGAAAGGAGGCCAAGACGAAGAAUUGAGAAAUUUGGCAUUUUGUCGGCCCACUUCAUCUGGGCAACAGAAAUCUAACAAGAAAAAGACACCUGAAUGUCGAUCAGAGCAGGACUGGGAAAAAUGGCAGGAAACGGACAAACAGUUGACAACAGAUGCAUAUGAAAAGGAUCUACAAGAAGCUUUGUUGCAAAGUAAAUUAGAGUUUGAAAAAUCUAAACAGGGAAAUAAAGUAUCACACGAAGCAGUUGUCCCAGAACCACAGACACAUGGCAAAGAGGACAAGAAGAAGAGAAAACACAAAGACAAGCCAGCGACCAUGAGUCUGGAUCAGUUCAAUCAAAUGAAUGCGGAGAAACCCAAAGUCUUCUCUGAAGAACUAGAGGAAGUUCCUAGUCCAGUGGUAGGCCAGACUAACGGAGCGGAGACUGAUCCCCGGUUCUUCUCCCACCUCAGUGACAGCGUCCAGAAGAUUAUACAGAAGGAGAAGAUUCAGGAAGAGUAUCAAAAGCACUUUGCAGUGGAAAGUGUUGUCUCAGCCAAACACCACAAAGAAAUAGAGAUGAAGGAUAAAGAAAUUGAAUUUCUGAGAACAUCUGUGAAGAAAUUAGAGGAGGAGUACAAACAAGUCAAAAAGAGAAAUAAACAGCUGUGUGUAAUCCUAGCUCAGGGAGAAAUGAAAGACAAGGCGGAGGUUCUAAUGCAGGUUGACCAACUCACUCAGGUCAAGGACGAACUCACAGAACAGGUAUCAGAAUUAACGGCCGAUUUGGAAAAGGAAAGGUCAAAGGUUCACAGUCUAAAGUCAGAGCUUGAUAAGAUAAAGGGAGGCAAGCAUGGUGGGAAAUAAGCAAUACAAUGUACACCAAGCAUGGUGUAAUAGGGACUACUAAAGGGCCAUUCUUUCAUUUGAAUUUGUCUCCAGUUAACACAAAGCAUGACAUACCAACAAACAAUUUCUCUCCAGUGAAUGAUGAGAACAACAUUGUCAAGCAUGUUGUAAUGGACAGCUGUGUUGUGAGAUGUAUCAUGGACAACGUUAUAUUUUAUAUUUUUCAUUAAAUUGUUUUUCUUAAAA